AUGAAGUUGAGUAUUUUUGCCACUGUUGCCGCCGUUGCCACCGCUGAAGAGGGACGAAAAGUUCCCCCACGAACACCGGAACAGCGAUUGAACAAACUGAAGAAAUUCACCGCCGAGUGGACUAGCACCAACUUGAAAGAGCAUCAGGCCAAACACUGGGCCGGUAAAUUCGAGAACAACAUCGCUAAGAUCCAAAAGCGAUUCAAGCACUGCGGAUUCUUCGACCCCAAUGUUCCCAACGGCGGCCCACGACCAGUCGAAUCAGCCCGUCGACGACGAAACGCUGAAGACGAUGAUCUCGGCUUUGAUGAGCUCCUCGAUGGUGACGAUGAAGUUAUUGACACCCGAUACGACAAGAACAACCCAAUCCGAGGCAUCAAACAAAUCACCAAGGCCUUCGAAAAGUGGUCCAAGCGAUACAUCGCCGACUGCAAAAAGCAGCCAGCGACACAGGUCGGCAGAAACAAGCUCUGGUAUUCUAAGCUUGUCGCUUUGCUCCAACGAAACAUGGAACGAAGCCGCCAAUAA